AUGGUACGUUUCAUAACCGCUGAGCACUGCUGCUUCCAAGGAACUCCUAUUUAAUCGGCUUUUAACUUACUUUGCCUUUUAAUUUCAGCGUGAAUGCCUGAGCGUGCACGUCGGCCAGGGUGGUGUCCAAAUUGCCAACGCCUGCUGGGAACUCUACUGUCUGGAACAUGGCAUCCAGCCCGAUGGACAGAUGCCAAGUGAUAAAACCGUUGGUGGAGGUGAUGACUCAUUCCAGACCUUCUUCAGCGAGACAGGCGCCGGCAAGUAUGUACCGAGGGUCUGCUUUGUGGACCUGGAGCCUACCGUUAUAGGUACGUUCUGGGCAAGACUUGACAAGCCUGAGGGCGACCCUCCAAGCAGACUGCUUAAUUCACUCUUUUUCCUCCUCUUCCUCCUAGAUGAAGUACGUACGGGAACCUAUCGGCAGCUCUUCCACCCUGAGCAGCUUAUCAGUGGCAAGGAAGAUGCAGCCAACAACUAUGCCCGAGGACAUUACACUGUGGGGAAGGAGGUCGUCGAUCUGGUGCUUGAUCGCAUUCGUAAGCUGGCUGAUCAGUGCACCGGCUUGCAGGGCUUCUUCGUGUUUCACUCUUUUGGAGGUGGUACUGGGUCAGGAUUCACCUCCCUCCUCAUGGAACGUUUAAGCAUUGACUACGGAAAGAAAUCCAAGAUUGAGUUUUGUGUCUACCCGGCACCCCAGAUCUCUACAGCUGUCGUGGAACCGUACAACUCGAUCCUCUGUGCACACACUACCCUGGAGCACUCAGAUUGCUGUUUCCUGACGGACAACGAAGCAGUCUAUGAUAUUUGUCGGUGAGUUUUGCGCCUUUUUUGAAACAUAUAUUUCCCUGGGUGAAAUUGCCGGAGUUGACUAAGAUCAGUACUUUUUUCACAGGCGUAAUCUGGACAUUGAGAGGCCGACUUACACGAAUCUGAAUCGUUUGACUGCUCAAGUGGUCAGUUCCAUCACUGCUUCUCUUCGCUUCGACGGAGCCCUCAAUGUGGAUCUCACUGAAUUCCAGACCAACUUGGUACCGUACCCGAGGAUACACUUCCCCCUGGUCACCUAUGCACCAACCAUAUCUGCUGAGAAGGCCUAUCACGAGACACUGAGUGUGGGUGACCUAACAAACGCCUGCUUCGAGCCCGCUAAUCAGAUGGUUAAAUGUGACCCUCGCCAUGGCAGGUACAUGUCCUGCUGCCUGCUCUACCGGGGAGAUGUAGCCCCGAAGGAUGUGAAUGCUUCUGUCGCCACCAUCAAAACCAAGAGGACGAUCCAGUUUGUGGACUGGUGUCCAACCGGAUUCAAGAUCGGCAUCAACUACCAACCACCAACUGUCGUCCCCGGUGGCGAUCUGGCCAAAGUGCAACGGGCCCUCUGCAUGCUCAGCAACUCCACAAGCAUUGCCGAGGCUUGGGCUCGCCUGGAUCACAAGUUUGAUCUGAUGUACGCCAAGCGUUGCUUCGUACACUGGUAUGUCGGUGAGGGCAUGGAAGAGGGAGAAUUCUCGGAGGCCCGUGAGGACAUGGCCGCCCUGGAGAAGGACUAUGAAGAAGUUGGUGCCGACACCGUAGCAGGCGAGGGAGAGGGUGAGGAGGAGUAG